AGCAAUGUCCUUGCUAUAAAGACAGACGAUAGGGAUGAGGAUGGCAGACUGACCAACCUUGCAAGAUAUCCGAGACGUCGAGAGUGGGGUGGGCGGGGCCACUGCUUGGCUAUAUAAAGCGGUCGCCGUCGACGUCACGCAUCAGCCUCGUAUCCCUCACCAUGAAGGUAAAGAGUAGAAAGAUAUUUUUUUCUUGUCUCUGUUUUGUAUUACUUUUAUUCCAGUGAAUUUCCUUAUCUUUAACCUCUUUCAGCUGGCACUGACGAUAUUGCUGUGUGUGGGCGCUGCCGUGAAGGUGGCGGCGCAGGAUGGUUCCUACGUGCUGGAUUCACGAGGCGUGGAGGUGGAGCAGGGACUCCAGCCUUCCCCAGAACUCUUCCAGAACCACCAGGCCUUCUCCCAAGCCUUCAAAGAACGUUCUGAAGAGAUGGCCCUGCAAUACAGUCUUGGCCAAGUCGAAUACAAUGAUCCUAACCCGGAGUAUGCCUGGGCUUACGCGGUCGACGCUAAAUCGACCGGGGACAUGAAGUCUGCCCGAGAGGAACGUCGAGGUGACGUGGUCGUGGGUCAGUACUCGGUCAUGGACCCCGACGGGUCUCUGCGCGUGGUCGACUACUCGGUGGCUCCCGGCACAGGCUUCCAGGCCACCGUCCGCAAGGAGUACACGGGCGAGGCUUUCCAGGGUCAGGAGCAGAGACUACAGGCUCAGGCCAAGCAAUACAGUGCUAUCCAACAGGGAAGCGACUACCAACAGGACCGCAACCAGUACCAACAGAACCGUGGCCAGUACUCCCAGAACCGCAACCAGUACCAAGAAAACCGUGGCCAGUACUCCCAGAACUACAAUGAGAACCAACAGAAUCGCAACCAGUACCAGUACUCACAAAAUCCCAACCAGAACCUGGAAAACAGAAGACAGUUUUCUCAGAACCGCAAUCAGUAUCAACAAAACCGCAAUCAGUACUCCCAGUACAGCAACCAGUACCAACAGAACCGCUAUCAGAACCAGCAGAACAACGAGUACCAGCUAAACCCUAUUCAGUAUACUCGGAACCUCAACGAGUACCAACAGGACCGCAAUCAGUACCAGAAGAAUAGUUACGAUUCUACACAGAACCGUAAUCAAUACUCCCAGAAUUUUAAUGCAUACCAGAACCGCAAUCAAUACCAACAGAACAGCAACCAGUUCCAGCAGAACCGCAACCAGUUCCAGCAGAAUCGCAACCAGUACCAGCAGAACCGCAACCAGUUCCAGCAGAACCGCAAUCAGUACCAGCAGAACCGCGACCAGUCCUACCAGAACCGCAAUCAAUACCAACAGAACAGCAACCAGUUCCAGCAGAACCGCAACCAGUUCCAGCAGAACCGCAACCAGUUCCAGCAGAAUCUCAACCAGUACCAGCAGAACCGCAACAAGUUCCAGCAGAACCGCAACCAGUACCAACAGAACUAUGACCAAAGCCUUUCCAGCCGCAACAACGUCAGGUACAACUUCCAGCGUUAUGGAACCAACCGCUUCAAUCAGAACCUGAACCGUCCUUCGCCCAGCCUCUACAGCCAGAACCAAAACCUUCUGGCCCGCUAUGGAUCCGGUUCUCAGAACCAGUACAACAACCGCGUCUACAACCAGUACAGCACCCAAGUGAACAGGAACCAGCAGAACCAAGGUUACUCUCCCGUCAGCGUGGUUCUCGCUUCCUCGAGGAACUAACACGCGAACCGCUUUGCCAACGGACUUCUUAGACAAUGAACCGUAAAAGGCAUUCACAAUGGCCGAAAAGGGUUCUCGUGGUGUUGUGAAAAAACU